AUGACGGGCACGAUGAAACAAUGGUAUCACAAUCUUGGAGCUUUCAAACAAGAUGAGUUACAUCGUCUAGAAACUACAGCUAGUGUUCUUGGGGUCCUUCACCGAGAAUUUAUCGGUGAUAUGGAAAUAUUUGAUAGGAAAAAUAGACAAGAAUUCUUUGAGAUGAAGUGUUGUUCUCUCAAGACAAAAGACCUCGACAGGCAUUAUCAUAGGAUGGCACAGAGGUAUUAUGUCCUUAAUGGGUACAAUGACCCAAGUCUCAAGAAUACCUAUGUAUCCUCUCUACCACAAGAACUUCAGCCAAAAAUUCAUAGAAUGUUAGCUACAGCACAAAAGGAUAUUAAAACUAUGAGUCUCGGCCAGAUUCACCAGGUGACCUUAGAAGCACUUAAAAAGCUUUGCAGUUUUCAUCAUCAAUUUUCUGAAGUUAUAGAACAAAAGUCAAAGUUCACCCAAGCAUGUAAGAAACCCUACCUGGAGAUUAAGUGUAAAGACAAAAGGUGUGGUUGUUCAACAAAAAAGAAACAUAAAAAAUACACCAAACCUCACAGGAUCUUCAAGGGAAAGAAAAGAAAGAAUAUGAAGCUCUUUAGAAGAAAACCUUUCAGAGGAAAGGGGAAAAAUCGGAGAUGCUUUAUUUGUGGGAAAAAAGGGCAUUUCGCAAAAGAAUGUCCCAAUAACACCGAUAAAGCCGCAAAAUUGAUUAACUUUCUUCAACCUCUAGAAGGAGACUCAGAAUCUUUGUAUUCUGAACAAAGCUCUGCUGAUGAAGAAACAGUUUUUGCCCUUCAAAACUCCUCAUCCGAUAAAGCAUCAUCCUCGGAGUCCGAAGAUGACAGAUAUCUAUCGGUUUACUCCAUCAAAGAGAUGGGCAGUUCUCUUCCUACUACACCACUUCCUUGUGUUGAAGUCCAUAUUCUCGCAACAAAGUUUUCCCGUCCGAAGAAAGUUAUAGCUUAUAUGGACACUGGGGCCCAGAUUACCAUGAUGAAUCCCAACAUUCUCCCUCCAGAAUCAUGGGUGACACAUGUUGCAUACUUUGUAGCAGCAGAUGGAAAAGUUUUCAAGACAAAUCUAAUGACCAAGGAGAAAAUAGGAAUUAAAUUCUUCCUAGACUUCAUAGUCUGGACCAAGGUCAUUCGCAGUAAUCUUCCAAACAAAGAUAUUUUGGUAGGAAUGGAUGUCUAUUCAGCAGCAAUUAAACUUCAAAUUCUCCCCCACAGGAAUCAAAUUCAAAAGAGAAUUCAAACCUUAUUCUGGGAUACUAAAACUAUAUUCACUUUCUAA